GUUAACUAGGGUCUUUUCUCAAUUCCAAGAAUGCAAAGAACGUACUUAUGGUCUUACUUGGAAGCCAAUGAAGAACGAACCUGGAUGGACCUGCCGCAGUGACUUCUGGGACGUUUCGUACACGUGCUUGAUUUUGAAUGGAUGAUGUCGUCGUGCCGGCCCCAUCAGACCAGGACCUUCAGCAUGCACUGGGACGGUUUGCUGCCGAGUGCGAAGCGGCUGGGAUGAGAAUCAGCACCUCCAAAUCUGAGGCCAUGGUUCUCUGUCGGAAAAGGGUGGCUUGCUCACUUCAGGUAGGUGGAGAGUUCCUGCCUCAAGUGGAGAAGUUCAAGUAUCUGGGGGUCUUGUUCACGAGUGAGGGAAGGAUGGAACGGGAGAUUGACAGAUGGAUCGGUGCAGCUUCUGCAGUAAUGCGGUCGAUUUACCGGUCAAUCUACGUUCCCACUCUCACCUAUGGUCAUGAGCUCAGAGUAGAUCCGCUGCUCCUCCACAUCGAGAGGGGCCAGCUGAGGUGGCUCGGGCAUCUUUUCCGGAUGCCCCCUGGACGCCUUCCCGGGAAGGUGUUCCGGGCAUUUCCCACCGGGAGGAGACCCCGGGGAAGACCUAGGACACGCUGGAGGGACUAUGUCUCCCGGCUGGCCUGGGAACGCCUCGGUGUCCCCCCGGUAGAGCUGGAGGAAGUGUCUAGGGAGAGGGAAGUCUGGGCAUCCCUGCUUAGACUGCUGCCCCCGCGACCCGGCCCCGGAUAAGCGGUAGAAAAUGGAUGGAUGGAUGUAUGUAUAGUGUAUAGUGAUAUUUGGGCAGUUGGUGUCAUAUUUGAUAUGGAUUGCUAUACUAAAUGAAUACCAUAUUUAUGAAAGGCGGUAUUUGCAAGUACAUCGAACCUCAAGGUACUUCAACCCUUAUGAAAAAUAACCACAAAUUAAUACUCUAGGCGUGUUUAAAAGGAAAGAACGUUUUAUGAUUCCUUUGGGAAUAACGAAAGCAUAUUUAAGCAUACAAAAAUCAUGUCUCAACACAAAUGUACAAGCUACAUUAAAUUACCUUUUUUCACUAUAAUAGAAUUAAAUAGUUAAGGACAAUUGCAUUAUGGGUGGACGGACUUCGG